GUGGGGAAGAAGCAAAGACAUCAGCAGUGCCUGAGCUGAGGUUGGUUCUAAAGGGAGACUGCUGGUCUGAGAAUUUAGUAGAAAACUUCAUGUACUAGGUUUCUCCUACUUCAUAUAUCUUCUUUCUGCCAACAUGGAUCAGCCCACAGCUGGUGAACCAAAACUCAGGAUUGUGUUGUUUGGAAAAAGUGAGGAAAAGAAGAAAGCACUAAGCAACUUCAUCACUGAAAGAAGACCAACACAGUUUAGAAGAAUCAUAGAAAUGAAGCAUUGUGAAGUUUCGUACAGUUACAGGACAACAGUGGUUCAGACUCCAGACAUCUUCAACCUGUCUGUGAAAAAUGUGAGAGAGGAAAUAAGAAGCUGUGUGAGUCGUUGUGUCCCUGGACCAAAUGUUCUGUUGCUGUUAGUGAAGCCUUCUCAGUUUAAUAAUGAUGACUUACAAACUCUGAAGUUCAUCCUCAGUUUCUUUGGUCAAGAUGCCUUUAAACACUCCAUGGUGGUCCUGACUCAUGAGGAGAAAAAACAAAAUUCAUAUGUUAAUAGGCUCCUUACAGACUGUGGAGAAAGACAGUAUCUAAUGCCUGAAAGUAACCGUGAACUGUUAAUGAGAAAGCUCAAAAACAUUGUGCAGGAAAACAAAGAAAACCACCUCAUGUUCACUGAACAGACCACAAGCCCAAAGUCUGACAGCACAAGACCAUCUCUAAACCUGGUUCUGUGUGGGAGGAGAGGAGCAGGGAAGACUUCAGCAGCCACGGCCAUUUUAGGUCAGAGAGAAGUUCAUUCAGUCUUCAACUCAUCAGAGUGUGUUAAACAUCAGGGUGAGGUGUUUGGACGUCAGGUUUCCCUGGUGAUGCUACCUGCCUUGUAUGGAAAAUCUCAGGAGGCAGUGAUGGAGGAAUCAUUCAGGUGUAUCUCCCUCUGUGAUCCUGAAGGUGUCCAUGCCUUCAUCCUGGUCCUACCUGUGGCUCCCCUCACUGAUGAAGACAAGAGAGAGUUAGAGACCAUCCAGAACUCAUUCAGCUCUCGAGUCAAUGACUUCUCAAUGAUUCUGUUCAUUGUGGAGUCAGAUCCUACAGAUCCAGCUGUUGAUAACUUUCUAAAUAAAGAUAAGGGCAUUAAGGAGCUCCGUGAGACAUUUAAUGGAAGAUCUGUUGUUCUGAAGAACAAGCUGCAGACUCCAGAGCUGUUAAAAACUGUGGAAAAGAUGUGGGACAAACCACGCAGCUACACAAUAAGUACCUUUGCAUGUGCUCAACGGGACAAGAUCAGCAAACUGGAGGCUGAGGUCAUGAACCUUAAAACAAAGACAACAGUGGAUUGUGAUGAUGAAAAGCAGAGCACAGAAUGUCUCAGGAUUGUGGUGAUAGGAAAGACUGGCUGUGGAAAGAGUUCUUCAGGAAACACCAUUCUUGGGGGAAAAAAGUUUAAAGCUGAAUCCAGUCAGAGGUCAGUUAGCCGAAUCUGUGAGAAAGCACAGAGCGAAGUGGAAGGUCGUCGUGUUGUUGUGGUCGACACUCCUGGUCUGUUUGACACAACUCUGUCAAAUGAAGAAGUUCAGAAGGAGUUGGUGAAAUGUAUCAGCCUUCUGGCUCCAGGACCACACGUUUUCCUGUUGGUGAUACAAAUUGGUAGAUUCACAGAAGAGGAGAAGGAGACGGUAAAACUCAUCAAGAACUUCUUUGGAAAAAAUUCUGAAAAGUUCACCAUUGUUCUUUUAACCAGAGGAGAUGAUCUGGAGGAUGAAGAGCUGACCAUUGAUGAGUUUAUUAAAAGGAAAUGCGAUGAUUCAUUUAAGAAGCUGAUUGCUGAGUGUGGAGAAAGAUACCAUGUGUUCAAUAACCGUGAGAAACAGAACCGCACACAAGUCACUGAGCUGAUAACAAAGAUUGAUGCCAUGGUGAAGGAAAAUGGAGGAAACUGCUUCACCAAUGAGAUGCUGCAAGAGGCUGAAGCAGCGAUACAGAAGGAAAUGCAGAAGAUCCUAAAAGAGAUGGAAGAAAAGAUGAAGAGAGAAAGAGAGGAGCUUGAAAGAAAAUACAACGAAGACAUGCAAGAAAUGCAAAGAAGACUGGAAGAACAGAGAGCUGAAAUUGAAGAGGAGCGAAAACUGAGAGAAAAACAACUGAAGGAAAAGGAAGAAAAUUUAAAUAAAGUGCUGGAAGAGAGACAAAAAGAAAUGGAAAAAAGAGAAAUUGUGAUCAGCGAGAGGAAACGACUGGAGGAAAGUCAAAACCAGGAAUGGGAACAAAAAGUUGAAGCUCUGGAGGAGAAAAUCAAAUCUGAAUCAGAGUCCAAAGAAAUCACAGACAGAAAGUUGAAACAGUUUAGAAAAGAGAUGAGAAAAAAACAACUGGCUUGGGAACAGGAGCGACAACAGUGGUGGAAAAAACAGUACAAUGAAGAUGAGCAGAGAAGAGAGGAGGAGCAAGCAACACUCCUACAGCUCCAAGAAGAAUAUGAGCAGGAAAAAGAAAGAUAUGAACAGAAAAUGAAAGAAGAAGAAAAAAUCAGGAGAGAGCACGAAGAAAAAGAGAGAGAGGAAAGAAAAGAAAAGUUUAAGAGAAAAAUGAAAGCUAUGGAAGAAAAAUAUGAAGAAGAAGCCAGAAAACAAGCCGAAGACCUCAAUGAAUUUAAAGAGACAUACACAAAGGACUUUGAGACUUUAAUAGAAAAGUAUGAUGAGCAAAUCAGGCAGAUGAGGCAAGAUUAUGACAAAUUACUGAAAGAGAAGGAAGAGCAAAAAUCUGACUACACAGUUUUACAUGACCUGUCCAGCCACAAAGAACAACAUCUUAAGGAUGAGCUGAGGAUACUGAAGCAAAGGCACAAAGAAGAAAUGAACAAAUUAAAGAAGAAAUACAAAAAUAAGUGCAUCACCUCAUGAUCAGUGGGGAAAAAGCUGUCCACAGCUCUGUCAGGCAUCAUUUACAUUAAUAAAAUAGUUGUUGUGCUACAUAAUCUCCCUUAAUUAAAAAUAAAAAUGUCAUGGGUAUAGUUAAUUCAGAAUCCAUAAAAAACAGCUGUAGCUUAGAUAGGACAAAAUAAUCUUUGAUAACAUUGUAUCAAACAUCAUAUUUAACUGACAUCUCUCUAAUACACAGAUGUCUCAUUAAGUUGAAUGCCUGUUGUCCCAACUCCUCUCUCAGUAAUAUAUCUAGUGGGAGGGACCUCUGAGUACUUAAAAUUAAUGUACUGUUACUAUUAUGAUUCUACUAUUCUACAGUUUGUAAUUAUUGUGUUGUUCUCCUCUUUAUUCUACAAUCAGGUACUAAGAUGUAAGGAGAGGUGUUGAGCAGAGGAAUCAAGGAUGUGCAAUUUAGCAUAUGAGAAAGGGAGCAUUUAUUUACUUGCUAUGAUACAGAUCUCAUGUAUGCCACCAUUUAACAGCUCUCAGUGGUGUUUUUUUUUCCACAGUGGUUGGUCCAACUCGCCAGGUGCGAUUAAGCAGCGAUGUUGGCUUGACUCAGUGAAUGCUCCAACGAACACACACAGUUGGUUAUGUAAGGUUCCUGGUGGCCGGGCCUUACCCAUGAGGCAAUCAUUUCUGAUUGCCAUUUUGCUUAAGAUCAGUUCAUAGCACCUACCUUUUUUGGUGUUGCUGGGUAGGGUGUGUUGGGGAUUUUUUAUUGCUAUGGUGGUAGUAGUUAUGGUAUUCAUUCAUAGUAUCUUUUAUUAGUAGUCAUAUACACACGGGACUGAUAAACACUGUAUGCUUUAGGUUAGCAGUUUAGGGUUGGGGCCUGUUAUAGAUUUAUAUUAUGCAUGCGGCCUCAUAUUCAUUUGUGCAGAUAUCAUGUUCACAUUAUAUCACCUGAUAUUAUGUUUUAUCUCACUCUGUGCCUGUGUACCUUGUGAAACAUGAUGAUAUAAAAUAUUAUGGGGAUAACGUCUAAUUAGGUGGGUUAUGUCUAGAAGUGGCAGUGUAAGAAAUGCCUUUUAAUUGGAGGAGGAUCACAUUAUUUACUAUGCCUGUCAGAUUUGUCAUUAAAGUAAGGGUUACUCCAGAGUGAGGUGUGUAUUUUUAGCACAAUUCAAAAAAGUAGCUGAGAGUUUGCCUGAAAGUCAUCAGUCUGUGAUUGAGUUUCAGGGGGAGACACGGUCUCCAAUUUUGCAGGGUCAAAGGCAAGUGGACAGAGUUAGCAUCUUCAGUUUGAGCCAUGCCCUAAUGGCUGUAAUAAAAUGUUAUGGUCAACAGUAUCAAACGCUGCACUGAAGUCUAGCACGACAAGCACAGAGAUGAGUCCACUGUCAGAGGCCAUGAGAAGAUGAUUUGUAACCUUCACUG